AUGCUAUGUGACUCACAGACUUCAUUUUAUACAGCAGAAGUACCAGCAGAGGAGGAGGAUGAUGAACUGGCUCGAUAUCUUGCAAAAGCCCCUCUUCCAGCAUUGGAUCCAAUUAGCGAUAAUGAAGAGGAGGAAGGAGAGAAGGAGGAGGAGGAGGAGGAGGAGGAAGAUAGACAGGAGCCAUCAGGAGAGACACAAAAACGAGCGCGUUCCGGAAGUACUAGCUCGCAGGAGGAUCAAAUGGAACACGAAGGCACACAGCGAGCGACGCGGAUUCGCAAGAAGCCUAAAAUGCCAGAGGGGUUCCAACUGGCGCCUUUGUAG